GGGGCUCUCACCUUUGUUAGGGAUGGAAUCAAAUCCCACCCAUGACGGGGAUGACACCUCGGAGAAGCUGUCACCGCCAAUGGUGGACCAGCCGGAGUCGUCGUCACCCUCUCCGUCUUCCCCGCAGGCGCUACAAAUGAAAGAAGAGGCCAUGGACGCGGAGCAAGGCGUUGACAUGUCCCUUCCCGUGAACGUUAUUCCGAUGCCUCUGACGGUGGCGAAGAGGCCCUCCAAGGACCGACACACGAAGGUGGAGGGGCGUGGCCGCAGAAUCCGGAUGCCGGCUACAUGCGCCGCCAGGAUCUUCCAGCUGACGCGCGAGCUGGGGCACAAGUCGGACGGAGAAACAAUCCGAUGGCUUCUGGAGCACGCUGAGCCCGCUAUCAUCGAGGCCACCGGAACCGGCACCGUUCCGGCGAUCGCGGUGUCUGUCGGCGGUACUCUGAAGAUUCCGACUUCCUCGGCGGCGAGGCCCGACGGGGAAGACAACCCAAAGAAACGAAGGAGGAGAGCGUCAAACAGCGAAUUCAUCGACGUGAACGAAAACCACGUUUCGGUGUCUUCAGGACUCGCACCAAUCGCUCAAACCGCAUAUGGCGGUGUUGCCAGUGGCGGUGGUGGUGGAGUAGUUCCACUUUGGAACGGUAACGGUUCAGGGCCUUUCUUCAUGUUCCCAAACGCUUCAAACCCGCCUCAGUAUUGGGCCAUUCCCGCAACGGCGGCCCCAUUUUUUAACGUGCAGGCCCGGCCCAUUUCGGGGUUUGUUUCUGCCUUACAGAUGCACGAACAGGAUAAGCACUCCUCAAAUGGUGGUGCCUCGGAUUCUGUGAACUCUUCGUCCACUGUGGGUUCUAGUAUGAGCUCAGUGAGUGUUACUACCAGCGCCGCCGCUUCCUCCUCAUCCGCCGCCACAACCACUCAAAUACUCAGGGAUUUCUCUUUGGAAAUUUAUGACAAGAAAGAGCUUCAAUUUUUGGGUCAAGCGCCACCUUCUUCAAAGCCUUGAAUGUCAGCAACAAAAACAAAACCAUUAGAUAGUAUUUUUAGUUUUAGACCAUUACUUUUUCAAUUUUAGUUUUGUUAUUUUGGAUAAUGGUUAGGAUUUAAUUAUUUUUAAUGAAAACCUUAUAAGGCUGUUCAUCUUGUUUUAUUUUGAUGAAUUAUCGAUUUUGAUGUUA